CCUAUAUACCUCUAGCUAUCUAGCUACGAUCACACCUGAGAUGUCUUGGCUUCUUAUCUUCGUGAUGAUCACUACAGCCUUCUCCAUCCAGACAACAACUCUCCAAAGACAAACCUCCCUCUCUAUCCGCAACAGCAAGCACCUCAUCUCCGCUGCUAGUUUCUGUCCGGAAGAUCUCAAUUCUCCACCCUGGAAAUGCUCUAAUCCCUACUGCGGUGGCCAGCAUCCUUUCUGGCCCGGACGGUGUCGACUGGAGGUGCCUCCAGAGGACGGGGAGGGAGGCGGGAAUGAAGUGAGGCAUUGUGUCUGUCUGGGGGGAUUCUAAUAUAGACCUUUUUAUUCUUGUUGUUUUUUUUCU